AUGAACACUUCCGAGCUUCCAAUGCAUGUGGAGAGAGAUCCCAGUAUCGUAGCAAGUAAACGCAGAGCCUCUUCAACGGGAAGAGGUGCCACUGGCGUCUUUACUCCAAACUGCACUCGCUUGACAGCUGCAAAUCACGUGACACGUCUACCUUGUCCACUCCUUUGGAGUUUCGCCUCCAUGGUGUCGAUGCCAUUGCACUUCAGCGCUGCGGCCGCGAGCGAUGAGCCGUCGUUGUACAGCAGUAGUUUGCGAACUCGACUCGAGAUCUUGCUCACCGGGAGUCGUGCAUCUUCUACGGGCGCAUGGACCACAACGGGACCCCAAUUAUAUACCUGCUGUGUCGAAAAGAGAGUUUUGAAGCCGUUUUACGUAAAUUACAAGCUACUUGCGAUGGCACCCAUCGGCACCCCCCAAUGCGCCGCACAGGUGCAGUGGCCUUGCCAGCCGUCUGAGACAAGAGACAUCCCACUCCCUUCACCCAAAAAAUGUCGUUUAGUCCACUUGCUACGCCUACUACAGCAAACAGCACUUCCUGCGGCACAGCGAUGUGCUCAUUGCAAAUCUCACCAGCGAGCAGCUACUACUACGAGUCACAAAAGAGUGAGUAUACAGUCAUUAUCAGAGAGAUGUUCGCUAAGUCACAGCCCACGAAGCGACAAAUUUCUCUACAUAGCGACAAGACUAGAAAAGAAAAGAGCUAGAAGGAGAAGAAUUACCUUUUUUGCGGAUAUGCCGUCGCACGAGGGAUCUGUGUAA